UCUCAAAAGAUGAAGGAAAGCUGGUCUUCCUUAGACAACUUUGAGCCUAACUUCAAGCCUUUGGUAGUAAUUGAGCUUGCGAAAAACACUAAAGAGGAAACUAGAGAAUGGCUUACAAGAAGAAUCAUGGACAAAAAGGCGAAUGGAGGUGCACAGCUGCUGGUUAAACCACUGGUCACAGAAAAUGGAGACCAAAAUAUUUACCUAGUUGGAGCUUCCCACUUCCGGCUGCUGCUGGGAGCUGAAACUGUUGGUUUGGUGAAGGAAUGUACUGAUAACUCAAUGAGAACUUUUACAUACAGCAGUCGCAAAACUUUCAAAGAUUUUGUGGAUGAUAAUCACAGUUUCCUUACAAUAGCAGAAUGUCAAUAUAUCAUCAAACAUGAACUUGAAAAUUUGAGAGCUAAAGAUGAAAAAAUCAUCCCUGGAUAUCCCCAGGCUAAGUUAUAUCCAGGAAAAUCAAUUGUGAGAAGAUUAUUGACCAAUGGUAUCCUAGUUCAGAUUUUUCCACUGCAUGACCAAGAAGAGUUGAAGAAGCUCCGGCAUACCUGGUAUGGUCGAGUCAAAAUUGGCUAUCAACCUUUAGAUGAAAUACGCUGCUACUUUGGCGAAACCAUUGCUCUCUACUUUGGCUUCUUAGAAUACUUCACAUUUGCUUUGAUUCCGAUGGCUGUCAUUGGAAUUCCAUAUUACGUGUUUGCAUGGGAGGACUAUGAUAAAUAUGUGAUGUUUGCCACAUUCAAUCUCCUUUGGUCCACUGUAAUCCUGGAAGUUUGGAAGCGGUUGUGUGCCGUGAUGACGUACCGCUGGGGGACCCUGCUCAUGAAGCGGCAGUUUGAAGAGCCGAGGCCAGGAUUCCAUGGUGUUCUGGGUGUAAAUCCUGUCACUGGGAGGGAAGAACCCGUGUACUCCAGUAUUAGAAGGCAGUUACGAAUUUAUCUGGUGUCCUUGCCAUUUGUGUGCCUUUGCCUCUACUUCUCACUGUAUGUGAUGAUGAUUUACUUUGACUUGGAGCAGUGGGCUCUGGAUUAUCAUAAGGAGAACGAAUCUAACUUCAGCAGCUUGAUGCUGUUUGUUCCCAGCAUCAUCUAUGCUAUUGUGAUUGAAAUCAUGAACCGCAUCUACCGGUAUGCUGCUGAAUUCCUAACGUCAUGGGAAAAUCACAGGCUGGAGUCUUCAUAUCAAAAUCACUUAAUUCUGAAGGUUUUAGUAUUCAACUUCUUAAAUUGUUUUGCAUCUCUAUUCUACAUUGCUUUUGUGCUGUUUGAUAUGAAGCUUUUGAGACAGAGCUUGGCCACUUUGCUGAUAACUUCACAGAUCCUUAAUCAGUUUGCAGAAGCCUUUCUACCUUACUGGCUUCAAAAGAGACAUAAGAAGAGGAUGAAGAAGAUGUAUUCUCAGAAAACAGAUACGGACCUUUCAUUAGUUGAGCAAGUGAACUUGGAGAAAGAAAUGGGCACUUACUUUGGCACUUUUGAUGAUUACUUGGAGUUGUUCUUACAGUUUGGUUAUGUGAGUCUUUUCUCCUGCGUUUACCCACUGGCAGCUGUCUUUGCAGUGCUAAACAACAUCACAGAGAUAUACUCUGAUGCCUUAAAAAUGUGUAGAGUUUACAAGCGUCCAUUUGCAGAACCCACAGCAAAUAUAGGUGUUUGGCAGCUGGCUUUUGAAACUAUGAGUGUCAUAUCAGUAGUUACUAACUGCAUAUUAAUUGGAAUGUCUCCACAAGUGAAUGCCCUUUUCCCAGACUCAAAAAUGGACCUCAUUUUGACUGUGGCAUUUGUAGAGCACAUGUUACUAGCAAUGAAGUUUGUCAUGGCAUUUGUAAUUCCUGAUAAACCAAGAGAUAUCCAGAUAAAAUUGGCUAAGUUGGAAUUUGAAUCUCUCGAGGCACUCAAACAACAGGAUUCAAGAAACACAAAAGUCUUCAGCUGGAAUAAUCAGCCCAACUCCAUUAGAUUCAAGAGCCUCUUUCUUACCCAAAUGAGAUCUGGAGAUAGGGUGUUUCGCUGUGUGCCUGCCCAGAUGUGGCUCCCAGGCUGGGGCUCGCUGCCUGCUGCAGGACGGGUGGAAAUUUUGCCCCUGCGGCACCUGGGCCCGUGCGGGUCCCGCACGGGGCAGCCCGUGCAGCCCCGCAGCCCCCGUGUUGGCCUCCCUCUGUACCCGAAUUGGAGCACAGCUAAAACAUCUCCAGAAAUCCUGCCUGAAGUUCGGCUCUUACUUAGGAGGGCUCUGUACUACCCCAGAAAUGGGAUCAAGUUUGGAAUUGAGAAGUGGGCGCCCAUUCCUGGUCAAGCAGGAUGCUCCUGCAGUCAGGACGGGCUGGCAGGGUUUAUGUUCCUGCGCAGAAGUCAUUGCCAGGCCUGUGAUCGGAAAGGACUUUUGGGUCAGCGUGGGGUUGCUGGAUGGGUAGCGCUGGGGGUGUCCUGCCCGGAGUAUAAGCUUGUUAAGGGCAAGCUUCAGGGAGCAGGAAUCACUCAUUCUACCCAUUUUCUGUUGGUUGUGACUGGCAACUGCACGGAGUGUGGAAACUGGAGAAAGGCACCGUGUGAGCAGCAGCCUCCUGCCGAGCCGGGCCUGGUGGGAGCACGGGCAGAGCAGCUCCCGGGCACCUGCGUGUGUCUGCGGGGCGACCCCGAGCGCGAGGCCCUCUGCAACUCGCUGCUUUGUGCUGCAGCCUGUGGGCCUGUUAAUGUUUGUGCCUUUGCACGGUGA